AUGAGGUUCUUCUAUGGUUUUCUGCUCAAGGACUACAACAUAGCUUUUCCAAACAUACUGGGGGUCAUCUUUGGGAUUGUGCAAAUGGUGCUAUACAUAGUGUACAAGAAUGCCAAGAAAGUACUUCUGGAGGAGCCAAGCAAGGUUCAGGAGCUAUCAGACGAUAUUACUGAGGUGCUGAAUAUCAGCACCAUGGUGUGUCCACACCUAACCCCAGUGGUUCUUCAGCCAAAUGACAUUAACCUCAUUGAAGUAGUACUUGACCCAAAUAAUAUUAUCAAGGAAAUCAAGACCGAAGAAACCAAGGAAGACAUGGACGAUGCCACCACUAAAGUCUAG